GGGGUGCCCGAGAAGGAAGGGUUGCUUGCAAAAGUGUGUCACCCGUCGCGCCAGCCAGCCAGCCAUUUACACCCAUACAGUCCUUUCAGCGAGGUGUGAACAGCAGCGCCGAGUGCAUGUCCGAGCCUCGUCUGACUGUCCGAGCCACCGACCAUGAGUCCGAGCUCGCGAGUGCCCGAGUGCAGUGUUGCUGAACAUUUGUUGCACGCUGCUGCAGCCACCGUGAGACGUGCCAGAUAAUACAUCCCUCGCUUUUGCGUCCGACCUCACGCCACUUUCACUUCAUCGCUUCCAGCAGGGUGGCGUAGUGUGAUGCCCCGUUGUGGUGGGCGGGGCGCCCCCUGCGUGCAUGGCCUCAGCCUCUACCGCCCUAGAUGCCUUUGAUGCAGCCUUCGCCGCGGCGCAGUUGGCCGAGGAAGAGUUCCUCGUCAGUCGAGAGCUAGAGGAGAUCUCGAGCCGGAGACCGCCGACCCAGGACCACCACCAUCCACAAUUGCCUCCAGCGCACCACCACCAGCCUCACUUUUCGCCGGCUGCUGCUGCCUUCUACAACCGUGCAGGUGGUGCCGGUUGCGACGUGUGCGGCCGAGGCGGCGGCUUCAACUCGCCGGUCACAACGGCCCCGUUGGCCGCGAGCGGCGCACGGGGCAGCGGGGGCCUGAUCACCGCGGCCGCGCCCUCGUGGUGUCUGUACUGCGGGUGUUCGCAGCCCCUGCCCCCGAACGGUCAGUGCUCGUCGUGCUCGCCGCACCGCAGGGCCGUGCAGACGCUGCAGCGCAACGCUCCCUCCUCGGAGCCGCACCGACGCGGAUACUACGAGGCCGAGGAUGCCGCCUACCCGGACGCCUCCGCCCGACACCGCUCGGGACAGUAUUACUCGCCGCCCGGCACCUCCUACACCAUCGUCGAGGCCAGGCCGUCGGCACGCGACCUCCCGCUGCGCGAGAUCGGCUUCAGGCCGAUCAACGCGCGGGCCGCCAGUCAGUCCCCGCCGGUGCGAAACCCGCGCUCGAAGCAGCCGCAUAACCCGACGCAUGGCGCCAGCAUCUCGCCCGAGCAGGUGAUCAGGAUGCUCAACUCGAACCACCUCCCGGCUGGCAAGCAGCACGGCCGGGGUCACGUCAACGACCCUUUGCCGCCCAUCAACAUAAUGAACAACAAGCCGGUGCGCACGGUCAGCAUGAGCCGGCCCGCCGAAUCGGCCCACGGCUUCGGCAUCUGCGUCAAGGGUGGACGCGAGUCUGGCGUGGGCGUUUACAUCUCGAGGGUGGAGGAGAACAGCGUCGCCGAGCACGUCGGCCUUCGACCUGGUGAUUCAAUCCUAGAGGUUAACGGAAUGCCUUUCGGUGGCGUCAGCCAUGACGAGGCUCUCAAGAUGCUCAAGACUUGUCGAAAGGUCACCAUGACUGUUCGCAGCCACGGAAACCCAACUUCGUAUCCCGCUCUGCAGCCGCCAAAUUCCACGGCAGCCGCCUCCGCGGGGGCGGGCCAGCUGUACACGUGGACUGACCGACACGGCCGGCCCGUCUCGCCGCCUCCAGAGUACGCUGCGGCCCUGAGCGGGCCGCCUCCACUGCCGCCCCCGCAGCCCGCCUCCAGCAUCAGGACGUGGAACUUCCACUCGGCCAGGAGUAAAGAACGGACGCGGAAGGUCGAGCUUAGCAUAGAGCCAGGUCAGAGUUUGGGCCUGAUGAUCCGGGGCGGCAUCGAGUAUGGCCUGGGCGUUUUUGUGACCGGCGUGGACCCUGGCAGCGUGGCCGAGCGUUGCGGUCUCGUGGUCGGUGACCAAAUCCUGGAGGUCAACGGCCAGAGCUUCAUGGCGGUGACCCACGACGAGGCUGUGAGCCAGCUCAAGUACCACAAGAGGAUGAGUCUGAUUGUGCGGGACGUGGGCAAGGUGCCUUCCUCGGGGGCGGCGCCGCCCCACACCUCGUCGCUGGCCCACGGCCACGCCUGGGAGACGCACCUGCCGCACACCUCGCGUAGUCCUGCGGGGUGGCAAAGAGGGAGUCACGACCCGGGCGCGUCCGCGGCGCUGCAGAUGGUGCAGGAGAAGGCGCGAGUUUUGCUUCCACACCCCGAGUUUGCUUCCCUCGACUAUUACCAACGAGAAUACGCAGCCAGGCAAAUGGACGUUGAGGCGUUCGUCGCCGUGCUGCUCGAAAUGCUCAACACCCCUGAAAAGUACACCCUGUUGACUGAGUUGCGGGAGGUGGUGCGUCCUGAAGACAGGGCGAGAUUCGACGAGCUUGUGUACAGAAGAGAAGCGGAAGGUCAAAGAUGCCGAGAAUUGCGCGACCUGCUGGGUCACCGAGGAGGACAGGAGCACUUAAGGGUGGGAGGGCACCAUCCGGCGGCCUCGCCGCAACACCACCACCAUCUGCAUCACCAGGGUGCGCCCGACGUCGAGCAGCAGGACAUCAAAACGCCCAGCGAGGACUCCGGCGUCGAUCUCGCCACGCAGUGGGGCCCCAGCGAGGCCACGUGGUAUCGAACUCCGGCGGCGGUCGACUCACCACCCUCGCACCGACCCCUGCAACACAUGCACGGUGCAUGUUGGACGCACCAACGACCACCUCUGCGCACCUCGGACCUCGGCCUCUCCACCGACGAGCAAGACCCUCAGCAGGACUAUCGAGGCAAUGGUAGCAGAAGACAUUCCAGCCCGGGCGUCGACCAAGACGGCGAGGGCGGCGGAGACGGCGGCGCCAACAGGAGCCAGUAUGACGCCAAUAGCGGUUACUUUGACGGCUUGCGAUCCUCCAUAGGCGGUCUAACGCAAAGAGUGAAAUCCUGGUACUGGGGGCGACCCAUAGACUUGGCGCAAAAACUGAGCCGCAGCUUUGACAUGAGUGGCGAGGGUGACCAGCAGAGCCUGCUGAUGGACGGCGAGGGCUCGGCGGCGCCCCGACGAAGACAAUCCAUGCAACGACUCACGGCGCGCGGCAUGCCCACGUGCGGCGACCUCCAAGAGGUCAAUGAGGACGGAAUGGGUGCUAUGGUGGUACCUGACAUGCAAGGCAAUUUGCGCAUCACUGUCAAGAAGUGCAAGCCGAUGUUGGGCAUCGCCAUCGAGGGUGGAGCCAACACAAAACAUCCACUGCCCAGGAUAAUCAACAUUCAUGAAAAUGGAGCAGCGUAUGAAGCUGGAGGGUUAGAAGUGGGUCAGCUGAUUCUAGAAGUAGAUGGACACAAAGUGGAAGGAAUGCACCAUCAAGAGGUGGCGAGACUGAUUGCCGAAUCUUUUGCGGCGAGAGGACGGCCGGAAAUUGAAUUCCUGGUCGUGGAGGCGAAGAAGUCCAACCUCGAGGCGAAGCCAACCGCAUUGAUUUUCCUCGAGGCUUAAAGUGGCGGCAGAGUGCAUCUCUAUCUCUCUAUCAAGAACUGCAUGCCUCUCUUUCUCUCUCAUUCUCAAACAGAGACACACCGCAGGUGUGCGCAAGUGAUUCCCAUAGAGCUUUCAAAAAAGCGCCCUCUUGAAUUAUUCACAGUGAAUCAGCAGUACAGUGACUCUCAGUUUUGCGGAAAAUAAUCGGUGCUAUAGUGUAAAUAAUGCAUAGUAUAAUUAUAUUAUGAAGUAUAAUUGCGUUGAAAUAACUGAGAAAACACACAAAAAGCAUAUGUAUAAAGAAAGGAGAUUUUGACGUUUCACUGAUUAAUUAAUCAAUACUGCUCCGAGUGUUGAAGAUUUCUCGGAGAGAGAAAAAAAAGUAGCGAGGAGUAAGUAAUCUUGUUGUAGCAUCAGCACAUCUUGCCACUAAAUAGGUUGUGAAAUUACCUGAGAAGGAGCAAAUUGUGAUGUUGAAAUAUAAGCGAGGAAAGUCUCCUGAUCACGUCUGGGAUUUCUUCAACGUACAUUUAGAUCGACAAUUUAAAGGGGUUUGAAAACUCAACUGCAAAACUCACCGAUGGAGAACAGAGUGAUAAGAAGAUUUCAAUUCCCCUUUAAAUUGCGCAGUGAAACAACGGUUAAAAGGUUUAAAAAAAAUAGUUUAUUUUCUAUUUCUGCCAUUUAUCAUUCUGUUGGCAUAUGUGUACUUGUUAAGUUUUGCAUAAUGUUAAAAACACUUGACGAGAAAAAUAAUAAAAUGACACUAUACUAUACUCACAAAAACACAGCCCUAAAACUCAUGCGAAGUGUGACGAAUACAAAAAAAAAGUGAUGGAAGUUUUUCUUUGAGUUUUCGGUCUCUCUCCGUAUAUGACUAUGGAUGUGCCAAUACCUGCCAAAAGGGUGAAAAAAAACUCACAAGAAGCACCCAUGUGUUAUGAAUCUUUCAGGCGAGUGUCACAAUUAUUCAAAUCAGUUUCAGCUUAAUAUAGUUGAUUAUUGAAAUGGCUGCAGGUUCCAGCGACUCACGAGAGGCUCAAUUUCCUAAAUAGUGUUAUUUAUUCAUUGGAUGAAAUCUCCUUUUAAUUGUAGUUUUUGUUUGCUUUGGCCAAGGCCAGUGACAAACUCAUUCUAUUCAAUAGAAAGAAAUAAAGCUCUUGAUGACGAGCAGAAUCCAGAGGCGUAGGGCAGGAAAUUAGCAAAUAACGAAAACGUAGCGAGCAAUCAUUGCAUUAAAACGUAGUAGGCCUUUAAUGUUUCGAUGUCUAGCUUCCCGUAACCGCGCGACUCGCGUUUUUCUGCCACAGAAAUUUGAGCCAAUAAAAAUUAAAUAUAAAAAGAUUUAACCUUGCCAGUCCAAUUUAAAAAAAGUGAAUUAAAUUUGAAAGCAAAACGAGAUUUCUGUGGCCGGAAAGAAAAAAGCGCAGCACUCUCUUCACUUAGCCAAAAAAAUAUCGAUUUCCUCUCGACACACACUAAACUAUUGUCUUAAUUCUUGUGAAUCGAAAAAAAAUCAAAAUCCCUCGUUAGGAUGCGGAGAAUUAUCAAGCAUCUAUCUCUCACUUAGUCGCAGCUUUUUGAAUUUCUUACCCACGGUGUUCCCCCUUGUAAAACGAAGAGUGUGUUCAGAAUCAGACAACCGCAACUUUAAACUAACUGCACUUUUGCGAUUUAUAUUCGUCAAACCGAAAUGUGGAUUCAAAUCUUUUAACUCUUUCUCUCUCACUUGAAAGCUUCGUUGUUUAAAUAUACCCAACACACAAAUGUUUUUUGCGACCCUCACGGAACAAAAUUUCACACAUUCAAACACACACUGCUCUAGGCCUAUACACGGAUAUGAUACGAAUAUAAUAUAUUUUUGUGAUCCUCCUUCUGAGAUAUCAACCGUUGAAUUAAGAAAGUAUUUAUUUAUUUCACCGGCAGCACCCAAAAUUCAUAUAAUAUAAAAAAAAAACGCUGAAAAUGUACAUAAGUAAAAGCUGAAGCGAUCGACCCACGAGGUAAUAAAUGUUGUUGACAUGUAGCCACACAUUAAUGCGCGCAUUAAAUUAUCAAAAAAAUAAAUAACCUGUUAUUAAGACGAAGGAACGGAGGAAUAGGAAAAUCAGAAAAAGGAAAUGAGUGAAUGAAAUAAGAAAGAUGAGCUAAAUUUCAAAUUUUUUGAAAGUGGAAAAAAUUAAUGGAGUUGUGAAAAGGCAGACGAAUGUUUUGAUUUGUUCAAAAAGUUUUGGAAAAAGGAAGAGAAAGUUCUUGAAAAACGUUUGGGCUCAUUGCUGGUUAAUGAUACAAUUUUCGGACGCUCGCGCAAAUAAUUAACUCUCAGCCUCUAUGGAAAGAAAGUGUCGUUAUUCUCACGCUGCUGCAAUGGGCUUUGAAAUAAACUCACUUACACACACUCACGAAACACACACACACACUAUCUCAACAUAUCUACUUACAUUGUCUGCCUUAACGCCUGUUAUGUGUGCAUAAAAUGAGUAUAAUUAAAAGCGCAAAUAUUAUACCUUACAAAGUAUUUAAAAAAAAUUGAAAACUAAAUUUUGAAGAAAGAAGCAGCCCUGAAAGAAUAAAAAAAUACAUACACAUUCAACCGAGAGCGAAAACGUUACACACGCACGCAGCAAGGGAAAUUAAGCUACGCGUACACUGUUGUUUUUUAUAAUGUUGCUGUUAUUUGAAUGAAAAUGUUCAGAAAUUUAUAACUCAGUUUAUCUUUGGAUGAGAGUGCGAGCGUAAGCAAGCGACAAUUCACUAAAUUAUUCAUAAAUAUUGUUAUAUAAUUAAUUGUAAACUCGUAAAAAUGAGACGCAAGCAGAGGAAAAAUGUUAAAAAAAAAAAUCAUCUCUCUUCCCAAAAGGAAGAAAUCUCACUCUUAUUUCUCAGGAUAGGUUGUCGCCUCGUUCCAAUUUUGCGUUCCCGCCAACACAGACACACACGACAUUCUUUAGUAUGCAUAAUAAAAAUAUGAAAAACAACAACGUCAAGAAUUCUUAAGAUAGCGAGUCAAGUGCGAUGCCUAUUUUUCAAUUUUUAUGCAGUACUGUAAUAAGACCAUUGUGUAUGAGAAUAAAAACAAAUGCGAAAUAUUAUUACAGAGCAAACGGA